GUGUUUCAGGACUGGUGAAGCUACGAGAGCUCGUAAGGUCGCCGAAGUCUCGGGAGAUCGAGGUUAACCUCAGGCAGGCCGACCCGGAUUCCUACAGGCAGGUUCUAUCCGAGAUGAAAAGCAAGGAAAUACGAAAUCUGAUCGUGGAUACCAGGCCGGAGCAUAUGCAUCAUUUUCUACGAAUGAUCCUGCAGCUGCAAAUGAACGACUACAAGUACCACUAUCUCUUCACAACUUUCGAUAUCGAGACCUUCGACCUCGAGGACUUCAAGUACAAUUUCGUCAAUAUCACUGCCUUCCGUCUGGUGGACGCGGAGGAUGUCGGCGUGCGGGGCAUCCUGAGGGACAUGGAGCGAUACCAACCGUCCGGGAAUACGAUCCUCAACAAAUCGAGAGUUAUACAGGCGGAGCCAGCUCUCAUGUACGACAGCGUACAGGUGUUUGCCGUGGGAUUGAGGACCCUGGAACAGUCGCACGCGCUCAGGCCUGCCAACAUCUCCUGCGAAAUGGAACACCCAUGGGACGGAGGGUUGUCUCUCAUCAACUAUAUCAACUCGGUCGAGAUGAAGGGUAUUUCCGGUCCCAUCGAAUUCAAAGAAGGACGCAGAAUCCAAUUCAAACUGGACCUGUUGAAACUCAGGCAACAUUCACUCGUCAAGGUCGGCGAGUGGCGUCCAGGCGCCGGCGUCAACGUGACGGACACCGCGGCCUUCUUCGAACCAGGAUCAGCGAACGUCACUCUGCUCGUCAUCACUAUACUGGAAAUACCGUACGUGAUGAUGCACUACGAAAAAAACUACACGGGGAACGCGCGGUUUUACGGUUUUUGCGUGGACCUGCUGGAGGCGGUGGCCAGGGAGGUCGGCUUCUCAUACAGAUUGGAGCUGGUACCGGACAGGAAGUACGGCGCGAAAGAUCCGGAAACCGGCGAGUGGAACGGCAUCGUCAGAGAACUCAUGCGACAUAAAGCAGACUUGGCGGUUGGUUCAAUGACAAUCAAUUAUGCCCGCGAAAGCGUGAUCGACUUCACGAAGCCAUUCAUGAACCUUGGCAUCUCGAUUCUCUUCAAGGUACCGACCAGUCAUCCAGCACGGCUAUUCUCCUUUAUGAACCCGCUGGCUAUUCAAAUCUGGCUCUACGUUUUGGCUGCGUACGUCCUCGUCUCGGUGAUGAUGUUCGUGGUUGCGAGGAUCAGCCCGUACGAGUGGAACAAUCCCCAUCCCUGUCACGCAGGCUCCGAAAUCGUUGAGAAUCAAUUUUCUCUGGCCAACAGUUUUUGGUUCACCAUUGGCACACUGAUGCAGCAGGGUAGCGAUCUGAACCCCAAGGCAACGAGCACGCGAAUCGUGGGCGGUAUAUGGUGGUUCUUCACGUUGAUCAUCAUAUCCUCGUACACUGCCAACCUGGCGGCGUUCCUUACGGUGGAGAGGAUGAUAACGCCCAUUGAAAAUGCUGAGGAUCUCGCCAGCCAAACGGACAUCGCUUAUGGUACCCUCGAUAGUGGAAGUACCAUGACAUUCUUCAGGGAUUCGAUGAUCGAGACAUACAAGAAGAUGUGGCGGUUCAUGGAGAACAAGAAGCCAUCCGUGUUCGUGCCUACUUACGAGGAAGGAAUCCAAAGGGUUCUUCAGGGUGAUUACGCUUUCUUAAUGGAGUCGACCAUGUUGGAUUACAUCGUGCAGAGAGACUGCAAUCUGACGCAAAUUGGCGGGCUUCUGGAUAGCAAAGGAUACGGGAUCGCUACUCCCAUGGGCUCUCCGUGGCGAGACAAAAUUUCCUUAGCGAUCCUUGAGCUUCAGGAGAAGGGUGAAAUUCAGAUGCUGUACGAUAAAUGGUGGAAGAGCCCUGGCGACACUUGCAUGAGGACUGAGAAGGGCAAGGAGAGCAAGGCGAAUUCCUUGGGAGUGGACAAUAUAGGUGGAGUGUUCGUUGUACUGCUGUGCGGUCUGGCAUUCGCCGUGUUGAUCGCGAUUUUCGAGUUCUGCUACAAUACCAGAAGGAACAUGCCGGCGGAACGGAGAGCUCCGAUAUCGACGCCAGCCUGCUCGGAUUCUCUGCAAGGGAUCUCGCAGUCCGUGCAGCAACAGCAACAGCAACAGACGCAGCAGCAGCAGCAGCAGCAGCAGCAACAACAACAACAAGCGAACCAGCAGCAGGAAUCACUGUGCUCGGAAAUGGCGCGGGAACUGUGCCGCGCGUUGCGCUGUCACGCGUCCUCGCGACGACGGCGCGCCUGCGAGAAAUGCUCGACCCACGUGCUCGGCUAUCCGCCGGACAACCCCACUGCCACCCCCUUGAACGGGAUGAGAUCGCAGAGAAGCAGCCUGGGUGUUCCCACAGUCGAACUGCCGCCACACGUUCACAUGCAUCAUCACGCACCACCGCCACACGACUACGACGGGACUUAAACUCUGAUCUUAAACGCUUUUCGCGAAAGAUCACGAAACCUAGGGCCUAACGAACGAAGAGGAUCGGACUAGA